UGCUAGUGACGAAGAACCGCAGAACUGUUCUACUCGGCUCUCGAAGAGCUCUCCAGACAGUGUCCCACCGAAGGCAGUUUACAAAUUGGACAGAGGACAUUUUACAGCAACUCCUGGCCUACAGAGGUGUUCUGGGAUCGGAGACUGCGGCUGCCGGCUGAGACCCAGCGUCGGGGAAGUGAACAUGACUUCCUGCUACGGGAUUGUCCUGGUUGUCCUGAUGAGUUCCUGCUUGGCCACCGCAGGUCCUCAGCCCGGGCCUCGGUGUGAACUGUCGCCCGUGAACGCCUCCCACCCCGUGCAGGCCCUGAUGGAGAGCUUCACCGUCCUGUCAGGCUGCGCCAGCAGGGGCACAACCUCGUUGCCGCAGGAGGUGCACAUCCUGAACCUGCGCACCACGGACAAGAGGCCCGGCCAGCCACCCACAGAGGUCACUCUGCACCUGAAUCCCAUUUCCUCACUCUACGUUCACGACAAGCCCUUCGUGUUCCUGCUCAACUCCCCGAAGCCCCUGAUCUGGCACUUGAAGACAGAGAAACUUGCAGAUGGGGUCUCCCGACUUUUCUUGGUGUCCAAGGGUUCCGUGGUCCACUUUGCCUCCAGAAAUUUCUCCUUGUCGGCGGAAACGAAAGAAAGGCGCUUCCCCCGCGGGAAUAAACGUCUGUUGAGUUGGGCGCGGAAGGAAUACGGAGCAGUGACUUCAUUCUCGGAGCUCAAGCUAGCAAGAAACAUCUAUGUUAAAGUGGGGGAAGAUCAAGUUUUCCCUCCCACAUGCAACAUAGGGAAGAAUUUUCUGUCUCUGAAUUACCUUGCUGAGUACCUUCAACCCAAGGCUGCGGAAGGGUGUGUGAUGUCCAGCCAGCCCCACCCCUGGAAUAAGGAAGUCCAUAUCAUCGAGCUGAUCACCCCCAACUCCAACCCCUACAGCGCUUUCCAGGUGGACAUCAUAAUUGACAUUAGACCUUUCCAAAAGGGUCCUGAAGUGGUCAAGAAUCUCAUCCUGAUCUUGAAGUGCAAAAAGUCUGUCAACUGGGUGACCAAAUCUUUCGAUGUUAAGGGAAACCUGAAAGUCAUUUCUUCCAACAGCAUUGCCUUUGGGAAAGAGAGCGAGAGGUCCAUGGCGAUGACCAAAUCCAUCCGAGAGGACCUUCCUUCCUCACCAGAGGAUCUGGUCAAGUGGGCUCUGGACAAUGGCCACGGUCCAGUCACAUCAUAUACGAUGGCACGUGUGGCGAACAAAUUUCACCUACGUCUCAAAAACAAUGAGGAGAUGAGCGCCGAGGAGGUGCACACCAUCCCCCCGGAGCUGCGAAUCCUGCUGGGCCACCACACCCUGCCUUUCCAGGGUGCCGGGGAGAGCCCACCCAUUCGGGAAGGGGGAAGCCAAGGGGGAGGCUUUCCUUUUCCGUUCCCUGACGUCCCCAGAAGAGGACAACCAGAAGGGGAAGAAGUUGGGAUCCCUUGGCCCAAGGACCCCCGCAGUCCCGCUACUCAGCUGUUUCCUGAUGCCAGAGAGCCAGAAGAGACGCAGGGGAGCAUGGAGGUUGCCCUGUCAGUCAGAUGUGACCAUGAGAAGCUGACUGUGGUUGUGGAGAAAGCUUCUCUUCAGACCAGCAGCCACUCAGAGAUCACACUCACCCUGCUAGAUCCUACCUGCAAGGCCAAGGUGAACGACACCCACUUUGUCUUGGAGUCUCCGCUGACUGGCUGCGGCACCCAGCACCGGCAAUCAGGCCGAGAUGGUGUGGUUUACUACAACUCGAUUGUGAUACAAGCUCCACUUCCGGACAGUAGUGGGUGGCCAGAUAGCUUAGAGGAUUCCGAGUCUGGGGAUAAUGGAUAUCCACGAGAUCUGGAUGAAGGCUGGCCCCAAAUUGUGGUGUUCAAUUGCAGCCUGCCGCAGGUGGGGCGUCCCAGCAGCUUCCAGGAUCCACCCUACAGAAACGUCACCUUCAACAUGGAGCUGUACAACACCGACCUCUUUUUAAUGCCCUCACAGGGGCUCUUCUCCGUGGCAGAGAAUGGACACGUUUAUGUUGAGGUCUCGGUCACCAAGGCUGACCCGGAGCUGGGAUUUGCUAUCCAGACGUGCUUUAUCUCUCCGUAUUCCAACCCCGACUGGAUGUCCGAUUACACCAUCAUUGAGAACAUCUGUCCUAAAGACGAAUCCGUAAAGUUCUACAACCCCAAGAGAGUGCACUUCCCUCUCCUGCAAGCCGAGGUGGACAAGAAGCGGUUCAGCUUCGUUUUCAAGCCGGUCUUCAACACCUCCCUGCUCUUCCUGCAGUGCGAGCUGACGCUGUGCGCCAAGACAGAGAAGGGCCUCCUCCGGAAACUGCCCAAGGAAGAAAUCUGGGUGCUCACAGAAUCAGACCUAAGCAUUAAGGAACCGAAACAGAAUUCUCCACCCAUUUUCCACGGUCUGGACACCCUGACGGUGAUGGGCAUCGCGUUUGCGGCCUUUGUGAUUGGAGCGCUCCUGACGGGGGCCUUGUGGUACAUCUAUUCUCGCACAGGGGAGACAGCAGGGAGACGGCAAGUCCCCACCACCCCGCCAGCCUCGGAAAACGGCAGCGCGGCCCACAGCAUCGGCAGCACACAGAGCACGCCCUGCUCCAGCAGCAGCACUGCCUAGCCCGGCCUCCGGUGCCUGCGCCCGACUUGGAAGGCUUCGCUAGGGCUCCCUUGUAAAGAGCGAAUUUCAAUGUAAAACCACCUGAUGUAUUCACCCCCACUCACCCACUCACCCAGGGCUAAGGUCAACCCUGACUCCUGGACUUCUGACUUUCACGCUAGAAUUCAUAGGAGGAAAGCAAAGAUGGCGGCCUUUUCCACCGGCCCCUUGUGGGCUUGGGGGUUCUCAAUGUGAAACACGCGCCAGUUUUAAAAAUGCUGCUUUGUCCAGGUCAGAGACCAGGAAUGUGUGGCCCUGAGACUUACUCAAGAGGUUGGUAAGCUGUUACUAGAACCCGUGGGAAGUGUGGUCAAAGAUUCUCAUGUGUCUAAGCCAAGAUGUUACAAGAAGCACGUAAAGACUGCCUAAGCAUCCUCCGGGUCUCCUGUGCACCUUCUCGUGGGUGCACUUCUUGCCCUUGCUGCCUGAUGGGUGCUGGCCUCCGGGCCUGCAUCCUGACGCCGACCAAGGCGACAUUCCUUUCUUGUGCUCUGGGCCAAAGCCAGCGCUGAUGAAAUCAUCAGCUUCUCGGUUCUCCGUACUCUUGCGCACCAACUGCAAAAGAAAAUGUGUUUAUGCGAAAUUCGCAUUUCUUUAUAGACAUAGAGUGAUUGAAAAAAUGGCUGAAUCUUGGGAUGGAGGAUGUGUGCCCCUUGAUGACUUCUCUUUUGACUACUAGAUAAAUUGGGGCAAAAUUCAGUUGUAGGGUGGAAUUUGUGGGGGAUAACUGAGGGGGCGUUAAAAAGCUCCCACAGAAAAUGAGAUGAAAAGAUGAUGGCAAUUUCCCCUGCCUCCUCUGAAGCCCCCUGUAGGCGUUGAGUGUGUGCAAGUAAGAUGUUAUCUGGACAUUUAGGUUUCCAAGUGGAAGAGAGAAUCAUUCCCCAUCUGAAAACCCGCUGUGCUUGCAGAGUGGGGGCGCAUUCCGCCGUACGUUCGGCAGAAUGAGCGUGUCGAUCUUUCGGUAAAAACCACACUCUGCAAAGUUGCAAACACACGGCAGGUCCCGUUCGCCUCCAGGCAGUUAUUGGGACGGUGUCACCGGUUCUGCCCAGAACAUCUGUGGAAAGGGGCGCUCGUUUGGGAGGCUACAGUUCUCUUGCCUGAACAUAUCCCAAACUGAGAAAGGAUUUCCUUGGCGGCACAAUAUGAUGCCACUUUGCCGCCGACUGGUCCUCUAUGUCAGAGGAGAAGGCCAGAGGGGAGCUCCGUGCCAAAUCACUCACUGGGGACAGUGCCACGGAAAACCAAUAGGAUUCUUUCCCCACAACCCCUCUCAACUCAGAGACUGGGCUAGAUUCUCUUCCAAAAUAGUCACAUGCAAAUCUCACCGCCCUAAAAUUCAGAAGCGCCGCCUGAUUCUCAGGGACUGGAACCUGAAGGAGGACAUGUUGACGACACUCAGUGCCCUGGAGCAGUGUCUGCAGGACAGACAAGGAGGUCCAGGCCACUGUGUCACCCCGCCGCGAAUACUCGUGUGACCAAACACUGAUCACACUAGACUUCAGAGGUCCAGACUGUCCACGUCGAUAUAUGAGAGGAGGGCUUCAGCAAGCUUGUGGGGAAAAUCCAUUAUCUUUCAAUUCCAUUUUUCCAUAAACUUUUUGGAAACCCUCUCAUUGAAAAUCACAAGUAUCCACAUGCAAAUGAAGAAGGUGUGAGAUCAGAGGAUAGUUCUUUUUAAAAAGAUUUUUAUUUUAUUUUAACAUAGGGGUACCGGGAUGGAAGACCCAAAUUACGCUCCCUGUGAUCGAAAAUAAUGCGCUUUGCCUAACCUUCAGCUGAAUGUAUUGUUUAAGCAUAUUCUAUGUAUAAAAAAAGUUUAAAGAUGUCUUCAAGGAGAACUAGAGUCUUGAAGUCACAUAUAGCUAUAUUUUACUACAAAAAGUUGUGUAUAGAGAUAUAUUUAAGUGUUGUAGAUCAUUUUAAGUUACUCCAUAUGAAAUGGUUGAUUUCAGCUACUGUGAAUUCUCUUGAUUAGUUCUUUACUUUGAAACAAAACAAAAAAGCAAAACAAACCCCUUUCCAUCUUGUCUAAAAAGGAAAUUCACUAGUAGGAGGUAUUAAAAGAUCCACUUCUUACACAGAUAGGGUUAAAACAUUUUGUAAUCUAUUUAAAUGUAUUUUUUGAGAGAUAGGCUACAUUACCAAUAAUUUUAUAAAUACCUUUUAUUUACAAAUUUGUAGCUGCAUAUUUAAAAAGAUUUCUCUCAAAAGAAAAGGGGUAAGUUACCUUUUAUUUCUGAUUAAGCAGAUUUUUCUGGACCAGCUUGUCAGAAGUAUUAUGCAAAUCAAGAUACCUGUGUUGAUGAAAUCUGACCCCAUCCUAAUUGGAGAGUGAAUGUCAUUCAGCACUUCUGAAGUGUUUCUUAAGAUGAAUGUUUUAAAGGGUGGGGAGAGGGAGGGAGGGGUGUUCUCCCUCGCUUCUUGUUACAGCAUUUCCAUUUCCCAUUACUACUUUGAACUUUACAAUUUUAAUACAGAAUGCAAGCUCUACUUUUAUAAGAUAUUCUGAAAGUGUCUUUAAACUGUUGUUCUGUUCCAACCAGACCCCUCUCUCUGCAAGCUCUUGUUGCCUCUGCGGGCUAAACCAUCCACAGAGGCCACUGUAUUUUGUUUGUUCAGUGCCAGAGCUAUUGCUGAAAUGCUUUUCAGCGCUAAGGCAGACUCCUCGCCUGUGUACUGCUCUCACCCGCUCACCACGUGGUGUUUGCCAGCGGUUACUCUGUAUGUUCAAAAGCCAGAGAUGCCUUCUGUCUACGGUGUUUGUGUAGCAUUUUCUAAACAACAACAACAAACGGUCCUUUCUUUGUCCUGCCAUAAGAUUGUAAGCCCGUGUCCUGUGUGAGUUCUGGAGCGAGCGGGCCUGCGUGGGAGUGGGAAGGGCCUCUUGUAAAGUAACUACCUCAUGGGCUGAGUGGUGCCUCUACUGCUGGUUGCGUUGGCACCACACAGUUUGUUGGUGAGUUGUGUGUGUGUGUGUGUGUAUGUGUGUGUGCGUGCGUGCGUGCGCACUUCUUUUGCCUAUUUGUUUGAUCUGGGGGUUGUUCAUGAAAAACUGACAGAUGUUCUUCUAAAAACAGACUAUUAUCAGUUUCCAACACAAUACUGCUCUCUUCUGGUUUGUGUGUUUGUUUGUUUUCCUGAAUGAGCCUGAUUUUAUUGUUGUUUUUCAUCAUGUUUGAGGGUAAAAAGAGUACCCGUAAAAUCCCUGUGGCCAGUUUGAACACCCCUGUUAUAUUCUUUUCUCUGUUUAGUGUGUCAGCAAUUUUGUGAACAGGCUUUAGAUGUAUAGUUUUGAUAACCACCGUUUUAAGUAUUUUAUCUGUGCAUAAUAAAGAUAUAUAUAUAUAUCAAU